GGAACAUGUGCACUCGAUAUUUGAACCCACGCGAUCAACAUGAGCAAACCUUCGGGGGCUGCGCAGCCGCACGUCCUGGCGGCACAGGCGCCGCAACAAGUGGACGGAGCUAACAUUAUUGCGAGCAACUCUGUCACACCCCAGCCACAAGUUCACGUACCGCCGAAACCGCUGGUACUUCCACUUCCACGGCGGGAUGUACUGCCGCCACUGAAUCUCGACCGCGAGGUCCGUGGCACCAAGCAUGCGUCGUUGAACGCAGUUCUGUUUCACGUAAAGGCUGGCGCUGGUAUAUUGUACUCACUUCUACAUCCUUCGUGCUCUGCGUACGAACCGCCGGACGUCACGUGGUUGAAGCUGCUUGAGGCGAUCUCAUUAAUUCCAUCCGGGAAACCCCACGGCAUGGUUGAGAUCAUCGGCGAAGUCUACCGCAUCAUGCCGAUGGGCGAGUUUCGAAAUCGAUUCCAAAGCGAUUUUCGCCAUGAGCUGUACGUGAAGAGCAAGAUGACACCACGAGAAGGCUUGAUCCUGAAGGACAAAGUCAACCGAUUCUUGCGGGCGUUCAUGGCGGAUCCAAUCCACGGCUUCGUCUUUGCAAGAAGCCACAUCCACAACGACCAUUACGCAGACGACGUCGUGCGCACACCGGUGGGGAAUGGUCGAGUUCGAGCGUUCCGCAGCCAGGACAACUAUUACAUCGUCGUGUAUCCGUGGGGGCACGGCUACAUUCACAGCCCCAGCCUGUCAAGUGCCACUUCGACCGACUCCCGCGCCGCACAUCCUGCCACACUGAAGCGGUCGCUAGAGACAGCCAUGACGGCCCCUGUGGUAGGCCAUCGACGACGCAGGAGAAAGAGUUUAUAUUUAUGUUUACGUGUGUAUUGUAGAACGAACGGAAGACUAGUAUUUCCAAAGCCGUGAGCGACGCCAUGCAGCGCGCGCCGGACUCGAUCAUGUCCAAGGCUUAUGUGCUCGCAAUGGCCCAGCGGCUCAGCGACGCCGAAGUUAACGGGAAUAAUGUUUUCGAGUAGUGGUUCUGUGCGAUAUUAAUCCAAACAAGCACCAACACCUAGAUCCAUCGCGCCUGGCCGCACGAGAUGAAUGGUGGCGUGUCACCGUCUUCG